AUGGCCCUCAAUCGCAUCUCGUCACGAGGCCUCGGCCACAUCGCCCUCGACGAUGCCAACGCCAACCCAACCACAUCUAGCAACGUCGGCAACGAUGGCCGCGUCAACGUUCAGUUUCAUGCGAGCCCCAAGAUGCUUGCUGGAUGGGUCUCGCGAUUUCAAGGCAACUUUUGCGAUCGUCCACCACCCAGACACCCGCCAAAAGUCCGGAAGGGGAGCUACAUACCCUUUGACGACGACGAAUCCCACUGCCCGCGCCUGCCUCUGUGCAUCGCCAUCCACAUUGUCGGGUCUCGAGGCGACGUCCAACCUUUCAUCCCCAUUGCCCAGCUCCUCAAAUCAACCUAUGGCCAUCGCGUACGCAUCUGCACGCACCCCGUCUUCAAAGACUUUGUCGAGUCCAAUGGCGUGGAAUUCUUCAGCAUCGGCGGCGAUCCCGAAGCUCUCAUGGCCUACAUGGUGAAGAACCCGGGUCUGUUGCCCAGCCGCGAGAGCAUGCGAGCCGGCGACAUUAGCAAGAGGCGCGCCGAAAUGUCCGAGAUCAUCAACGGCGGCUGGCGCAGCUGCAUCGAGGCUGGCAACGGCAUGAGCAAACAGCCCCUCAGGGCGGCGAACGUGCCCGACCCAAAAGAUCUCUUCAUCGCCGACGCCAUCAUUGCCAACCCGCCCUCCAUGGCGCACAUUCAUUGCGCCGAGAAGCUCGGCAUCCCGCUGCACAUGGUCUUUACCAUGCCGUGGUCGCCGACCGAGGCCUUCCACCACCCGCUGGCCGCCAUGAACUAUGGUGAUUCCGACGCCAAGUCCGCCAACUACCUCUCCUUCAUGGUCAUGGAGCUUCUGACGUGGCAGGGCCUCGGGGACAUCAUCAACAAGUUCCGCAUGCAGACGCUGCACCUGGACCCCAUCAGCCCGAUGUGGGGUUGCAACCUGUUGCCACGCCACCGCGUUCCGUUCACCUACCUCUGGACCGAGAGUCUGAUUCCCAAGCCCGACGACUGGGACUCGCACAUCAAGAUUACGGGCUUCUCCUUCCUGCCCAUGGCCAGCAAGUACACACCACCCGACGACCUGGUGGCCUUCCUCCAAGAUGGGCCAGCCCCUAUCUACAUCGGCUUCGGCUCCAUCGUCGUCGACGACCCCCAAGCCCUGACGCGUCUCAUCUUCGAGGCCGUCAGGCAAGCGGGUGUUCGCGCCAUUGUGUCCAAGGGCUGGGGUGGUGUCGGCGCCGGGGAUGUGCCGCCCAACGUCUAUCUCAUCGGCAACUGCCCUCACGACUGGCUCUUCCAACGCGUCUCAGCUGUGGUCCAUCACGGCGGUGCCGGCACCACGGCGGCUGGUAUCGCGGCCGGCCGACCGACGGUUGUUGUCCCAUUCUUCGGCGACCAGCCAUUCUGGGGCAAGAUGAUUGCGCGCGCCGGUGCCGGCCCGACCCCUGUGCCGUUCAAGGCCAUGACGGCAGAGACCCUCGCUGCGAGCAUCACGUUCGCCCUUCAGCCCGAGGUGCAGGUCGCCGCCGAAGUCAUGGCCGAGCACAUUCAGGAAGAGGACGGCGCCGGCGACACGGCGAGGGACUUCCAACAUCGCCUCAACGUCGAUGAGCUGCGCUGCGACAUCUUCCCGGAAAGGGUCGCCAUCUGGCGGCACAAGAAGACAAACUCUCACCUCAGCAACUUUGCCGUAGGCUGCUUGAUCAACGAGAACCUGAUUCAGUCGCACGACAUCAAGCUGUUGCGCCACAAGCUGUGGUACAUUGACGAAGGCGCGGAGCAUCCCAUCAUUGGCGUCGUCGCGGCAACCGCCGGUUUCUUCACGGCUCUCGGCGUGGCCACUUCCGACUAUACACGCCGUCUCAAGGCGCGGCCCAACGUGCUCAGCGGAAAGGUAACAGCGAGCCUGAACACAGCGCCGGCUCCACCACCCCCUGCCGCCGGCGACGCUGAGAAGACGGACGACGAUCCUGCGCCGCCCAGCACUGGCGACGCUGCCACAAAUGAUGACAUCGGGAGAGUCUCCCAGGCGCAAAUGGAGGCAUUUGCGCAUAGGAUGGCCACGAAGACGUUGCGGAAAGACGACAAUGUCAUGACUACCGAUCCGCGGGCUCUAACGUCCCACGAGAAGAGGAAAGCGAGCUGGGCCGCCCGAGAGGAGGGCAAGUACGGCCGCGCCUUCUAUGUCACGCGCGCCACCGGUCGAUACGUGGCCAACCUCACCAAGAUCGGACUCAAGGCGCCCGUCGCGAUGAUGUACAAUAUCGCCAACGGCUGCCACAACUAUCCCUCGUAUGGUAAUUUCGGCGUCCCCGUGAGGCCACGAGACCCGAUCACCGGAUUCGGCACCGGUCUCAAGGCGGCUGGCAAGGGGUUCUACCUGAGCGUGUGGGACGCCUUCAGUGGCGUUGUCGUGUUGCCGUACUGCGGCGCGAAGGAAGGAGGCGCCAUCGGCACGCUGAAAGGCAUCUACCAAGGUGGACGCGGCUUCACUUAUAAUCUUGCAUCAGGUACGUCGCCCCGUUCGCGCUGA